CUCGUUCACCUCCCAACCUACCCAUGGCCGACCCAAAUCACUCCACUGGUCACCACGUAGGUCUUUCCCUCCGCCUCCUGUUCUUAAUCCUGAUCCCACUUCUCAUAGCCUUUUUUCUCGCCACCCAACUUGGCGACUUAGAUCCGGUGCCUUUUCCCGGAGACUUCGACUCAUCGGAAAUCUCAGGAGUGGAAACGGAGCUCCGGGUGGUCCUCGGCAAGACCGAGCGAGUAGGCGAUGGCGAUGGGCUACUCCCGGGACCCGAGGAUUUGGCCUAUGAUGAGAAGGAGUGGUUUAUAUACACCGGUUGCAACGACAGAUGGAUUAGGAGGUUCCUGCCGCCGGCAAAGGCCUUUGAAGACUGGGCGUAUGUCGGCGGCCGACCGCUUGGUGUUGCUGUCUCGCCUGAUAGGACUAUUGUUGUCGCCGAGGCUUACAAGGGACUUUUGAAAGUAAAUAAUGAUGGGAAAGUAAACAUGCUAACACAAGAGGCUGAGGAGCAAAAAUUUAAAUUGACAGAUGGCAUUGAUGUUUCAUCUGACAGCUUGAUUUACUUUACUGAUGCAUCUCAUAAGUAUAACUUAGAUGAGUAUGCUUUGGACUUUCUAGAAGGAAGGUCUCAUAAACGGUUGAUGAGUUAUGAUCCAUUAAAUAAUCAAACAACGGUGCUUGCACGUGAUUUAUAUUUUCCUAAUGGCGUUGUUGUUUCUCCUAAUCAAGAUUCUCUCAUCUUUUGUGAAACCCUUAUGAGAAGAUGCAGAAGAUAUUUCUUUAAAGGUGAGAAGAAGGGAAAAAUUGAUAAGUUUCUCGAGAAUUUACCGGGAUACCCAGAUAACAUUAAAUAUGACGGAGAAGGUCAAUAUUGGAUUGGGUUAAGUGCGGUUGUACUUUCUGCUUUUACACAGCGCAUAAUAGCUAAACUUAAAGGAGCAAUGAGCCUCCCAAGUGUAUAG